AUGGCAAAGGACGGCCAUUACGUACAAAAACGCAAUAGCGUGAAAGACUCUGAGUUAGCGUCGUUGGUUCAGGGAAAUGCGUCUGAAACAGGGGCUGCUACUCCUUUCAGCUUUCGACGAAAGCAUUUUCCACUUCGUACAGGACUAGCAGCCAUAAGUCUUUUGAUCCUGGGAUCGAUUUUGAUUUACAUGAGUAUACUCAUUGGUCUAGACGAUGAGAAUCGUGGACUGUCUAUCCUGAGCCUUGGACUCAUUGCCUUCAUACCAGGCAGCUAUGCUACCUAUCAGCUUUAUGGUGCAUGGAAGGGUUGGAAAGGCUACCAUUAUGAUCAGAUCCCGUCCUAUGACGACUAA